AUGUCAACACUGACCUCGAACGCGUCCGAUGCUGCGAGCAAAACUGCCAAGCCGUCGGGCCUGAACUCGGCACAGCUGGAGCGCAAGCGCGCCAACGACCGCGAGUCGCAGAGGGCCAUUCGGGCAAGAACCAAGGAACACAUUGCGCGCCUGGAGCACGAGGUCCGCCGGCUUCAAAGCAGGGACCUCAGCAGAGAGUGCCAGCACCUGCUGCGAUGCAACGAGGCCCUCGAGGCCGAGCUGCGCCGUUUCCGGGCGUCCGUCGCCGUGGGCUGCGACGGCAGCGGCGGUGGCGGGCCUGCGUGCCCUCCUCCUCCUCCUCCCCCGCGGACGAUGCCAGACAUGUCGUUCCCAAACGGCCAUUCCAUCAUCGCUCGGCUCCCGUACGAUGGGCGCUGCGACCUGGCCGGCGAGGUGGGCGAGAGCUCGACGACGCCCCGGGUGCCGGGGCGACACGGCGGCCAAAGGGGCCAGCACCAGCACCAGUCGUCGUCCUCCUCCUCGCUGGCCUGGUGCCUCGACGUUCCGCGGAGCGCUGCCUGGACGCCGACGUCGACUCCGACGGGCUGUGCGCGCGCUUCUCCGGUGGCGGCCCCGGCGUCCUGCUACGUGCCCGCGGGCCACGGCCGUGCCGCCGAGGACGUUCUGGGCCCUGUUCCAACAGCUGCUGCCGACGUGGGAGGGCUCGAGGCCGCGGGCCACACGGGCCGGAAUGCGUACCUGCGACGGCGGGACGUGUUGGCCGACGGCGGGCGUCCCGGCCACGACGAGUAUGCGGGUGCGCCCUUUGCCCUGACCGCUGAAUCCUUGUACCUGGCUGGCUAUGGGCAUUGA